GCCGUCACUCUUGCCGCGGACGGCGGCGGUUGGCGGGAAGACCCGGGGGCGGUGCCCGGAUGCAGGCGGAGCGCGGGGGCUGCUGGGAGUCGCAGUCCGCAGGAGACUGAGGGAGGCCGGAGAGCCCGAGGCCCGGUCCGCCCGCCCGCCCGCCCGCCCGCAGGGGCCCGGGGGAGGGCAGAGGCUUCGGCGUCACGCCGUCGCGGGCCUCGCCCUCCCCUCAGGGAGCCGAACGGAGGCCUCCCGCCGCCUCUCCCCGCUGAUGGAGGUUUUAAAGCAGGACGGCCGACUCCGGCGAAGGAAGGAGGCGAAGCCGAGCGGAGAGGAGGGAGCCUGCACAGGAGCCUCCCGGUCCUGUCUGAGGCGGCGUGAAAGGUGUGGACCCGGUGGGGCCGCCGAAGGGUCACCCAACGAGAUGAUCCAGAGCGAGGAGGGACCACGUGACAGGAGGGUGCCCGGGAAGAGAUGUGGGAAGGCGGAGGGCGUUGGAAUACGCGGGAAAAUUCACCCAGGAGAGAAACCGUAUAAAUGCCUGGAAUGUGGAAGGAGCUUCAGUGUGAGGGGGAACCUUUAUAAACAUCAAAGAAUCCAUUCAGGAGAGAAACCCUAUAAAUGCCUGGAAUGUGGAAGGAGCUUCAGUCGCAGGGGAAGCCUUUAUAUACAUCAAAGAAUCCAUUCAGGAGAAAAACCCUAUAAAUGCCUGGAGUGUGGAAAGAGUUUCAGUCAUAGUGGAAGCCUUUAUAUACAUCAAAGAAUCCAUUCAGGAGAAAAACCCUAUAAAUGCCUGGAGUGUGGAAAGAGUUUCAGUCAUAGUGGAAGCCUUUAUAAACAUCAAAGAAUCCACACAGGAGAAAAACCCUAUAAAUGCCUGGAGUGUGGAAAGAGCUUCAGUCAGAAGGGAAACCUUCAUACCCAUCAAAGAAUCCAUUCAGGAGAGAAACCAUAUAAAUGCCUGGAGUGUGGAAAGAGCUUCAGUGACAGCGGAAGCAUUAAUAAACAUAAAAGAAUCCAUUCAGGAGAGAAACCCUACAAGUGCCUGGAGUGUGGAAAAUCCUUCAUAACAAAUGGAAAUCUCAAAAACCAUCAACGAAUUCACACUGGAGAGAAACCCUAUAAAUGUCUUGAGUGUGGAAAGAGUUUCAGAUCGAGAGGACAUCUCAAGAUACAUCAAAAAAUUCACACGGGAGAAAAACCCUAUAAAUGUCUGGAGUGUGGAAAGAGUUUCAGUCUUAGUGGAAGCCUUUCUAUACAUCAACGAAUCCAUUCAGGAGAGAAACCUUAUAAAUGCCUGGAGUGCGGAAAGAGCUUUACUCAGAGUGGACAGCUCAGGGCACAUCAAAGAAUUCACACGGGAGAAAAGCCCUAUAAAUGCCUGGAGUGUGGAAAGAGUUUCAGUCUUAGUCGAAGCCUUUAUAUACAUCAACGAAUCCAUUCAGGAGAGAAACCCUAUAAAUGCCUGGAAUGUGGAAAAAGUUUCAAUCAGAUAGGAAGUCUCAGGAUACAUCAAAGAAUUCACACGGGAGAAAAACCCUAUAAAUGCCUGGAGUGUGGAAAGAGCUUCAGUCACAGUGGAAGCCUUGAUAACCAUCUAAGAAUCCAUUCAGGGGAGAAACCGUAUAAAUGCCUGGAGUGCGGAAAGAGCUUCAGUCACAGUUCAAGCCUUUAUAGACAUCAAAGCCUCCAUUCAGGACAGAAAGCAUAAAAAUGCAUGGAGAUUCAGUCACAAUGUGGGUCUCAGUAAACCUUAUAAACUUCACACAGAGAAGGAAGUUUAUAAAUGCACAGAGUGUUAAAAACCCUUCAGCAGAAAUGGAAACCUCCAGAACCAUUUUAGAGUCCACACAGGAGAGAAACCAUAGAAAUGGAUAGAGCGUGUUUGAAAUCUUCAGUAACCAGCAAAGUCAGUGCAGUCCUGGAUGCACAAGGGUUUCUCAAGGGCUAAACAAGUCGUUGUUUACACACACACUCUAAUUACAAACCAAGAAGGCACAGGUGUGCAUACUUACCCUUCAUUGCCAUCUCAACUUGAGCCUAUGCUGUGUUAUGAGCACAAACAUUGCAGGGUAUGCAAAGUCCUGAACGGGACCCUUUUACUGCUUUCUUCAUUGCUGUGGUUUGUGUGAUGAUUGUGCCAUUCGGUGAAGCCUGAUAGUCCAUUUUCAGUCACAUUACAAAUAAAUAUCAUGUCU